AUGGGGGGGUCUACAGCCUUCUCGUAUAAGACAUCCACCGCUCCAACCGACGUAACCAGAUGGUCUGAGGCACAGGAGCUUUUCACGGGGACAAUCUCUGACUCUGACUCCGGGGCCAUCGACCAAACGCUGAUUGGCGACGACGAGAACAUGUAUCUCUUUUUCGCUGGAGAUAAUGGUAACAUCUACCGCUCCAGCAUGCCUCUCUCUUCCUUCCCUGGCUCCUUUGGAGCUGAAUAUGAAAUAAUUCUCACCGACUCCCGCAGCAACCUCUUCGAAGCAGUUCAAGUCUACACCGUCCAAGGUGCAUGCGCAACAACUUUCUUGAUGAUCGUUGAAGCAAUGGGGUCGGAAGGGCGGUAUUUCCGGUCCUUCACGGCGGACAGUCUAGACGGAGAGUGGACAGUGCAGGAGGGUGCGGGGACAGAGAGCAGUCCGUUUGCAGGGAAGGCAAACAGCGGUGCGAGCUGGACCAAUGAUAUCAGCCAUGGAGACCUGGUAAGGGUUACGGCAAAUCAGACGAUGAGUGUUGAUGCAUGUAAUUUGCAGUUGCUUUAUCAGGGGAGGGAUGCCUCAAGUGAUGGGGAGGACUAUGAUUUGCUGCCUUAUCGGCCGGGGCUUUUGACAUUGCAGGUUUGA